AUGAUACAAUCUAGGUAUUCAAUUACUUUGAUCAUAUUUAUCAUUACAAUUGUAUUAUCAUCAUCAAGAGUGGCUUCAAAGACAUUAACAUCAGAAGAUGUAAUCAAAUUUAAUGUAGCAAAGUUCUCAACGAUAAAGAAUGCAUUGGUAGAUACAGAUCGAAUGAUUGAUGAAAUAUAUGGACAUUUAAAACACCUUUUGGUUGAAAGAGUGUCAGACACACCAUCACAUGCCAAAGUGGCUCGAUACAUUGCAUCACAAUUUGAAUCAAAUAGCAAUUGGAAGGUGGAAUAUGAUAUAUUCAACGACACUACACCGCAUGGCACUAAAAAGUUUACAAACAUUAUAGUCACGAGUACACACCCAUUAAACGACGACAAUGCACAAACCAUAGUGUUGGCAGCUCACUAUGACUCUAAAUACUUUAAAGAUUUUAAAUUUAUUGGUGCAGUCGACUCUGCAGUACCUUGUGCAAUGAUCAUUGAAUUGGCUCAAUUAAUGCAAGAAUCAAAUUUAUUAAUUGAUUCAAAUAGUAUGUCAAAAAGAAGAAAAAAAAAGAAUUAA